AUGGCGUUUAUUAAAGAGGAGAGUGAAGAUGUGAAGAUUGAAGAGACAUUCACAGUCAAACAGGAAGAUCUGCAGGAACAAACAGACCUAAUUAAAGACUACGAGGAGAGUAAAGAGGAGGAACAUCAUGUCAAAAUUGAGGACAAAACUCAUUUAGAGACUGAUGGUGUGUUAAAUGUGAGAGACAAGAGUUGUUUUACCUGCACUAAGUGUGGAAAGAGUUUGGCAAGCAAAAGCAAACUAAAGACUCACAUGAGGAUCCACACUGGAGAGAAACCAUUCACAUGCACUCAGUGUGGGAAGAGUUUCAGCCACUCAUCAUCUCUUAAUCAACACAUGAGAAUCCACACUGGAGAGAAACCAUUCACAUGCACUCAGUGUGGGAAGAGUUUCAGCCACUCAUCAUCUCUUAAUCAACACAUGAGAAUCCACACGGGAGAGAAACCAUUCUCAUGCACUCAGUGUGGGAAGAGUUUUAGCAAAUCAUCGUCGCUUUAUAAACACAUGAUGAUCCACACUGGAGAAAAACCCUUCACAUGCACUCAGUGUGGGAAGAGUUUCAGCAAAUCUUCGUCGCUUUAUAGACAUAUGAGGAUCCAUACCGGAGAAAAACCAUUCACUUGCACUCAGUGUGGGAAGAGUUUCAGCCACUCAUCAUCCCUUAAUCAACACAUCAUGAUCCACACUGGAGAGAAACCAUUCACAUGCCCUCAGUGUGGGAAGAGUUUCAUCCACUCAUCAAAUCUUAAUCUACACAUGAGGAUCCACACUGGAGAGAAACCAUUUACAUGCUCUCAAUGUGGGAAAAGUUUCAGCACAUCAUCACACCUUAAACAACACAUGAAAAUCCACACUGGUGUGAGAGAGUAUAUGUGCUUGGAGUGUGAGAAGACUUUUAUUACAGCUGCAGUAUUGAAACGGCACCAGAGGAUUCACACUGGAGAUAAACCGUACAAGUGUUCACAUUGCAGUAAGAGGUUUACUCGCUCAGGAACCCUGAAAACACAUGAGAGGAUUCACGCUGGAGAUAAACUGUAGACAUGAUCAGUGUGUUCUAGGGUUUGUUACCGAAACCCGGUGCCAUUAUAGCACCGGUACCAUGGUAACCGGUAUGCACCGGUAUUAAAUCAGCGUAUGAAUUUCGGUGCUGCGGCAUGGACGUGAGGGUUGCAUGAAAAAAGGCACAUAUAGGUGUUGUCACAGCAUCACUAAACAUUUAAUAUUCAACUCGUUUAGUUUUGACUUCAUUCAUUUUUGAUUUCUGUCUUGAACACAUGAUUUAUUUACAACACAUUUUUAAACACAAUAGUUUAACUGACUCGUUUCUAAUAUCUAACGCUACUUUUUUAUGCUGACAGUCAGUGCAGAACAUUUUACUAGUUAUUUUGCAAGACAGUAUUCAGACAAAGUCUUUUUAAGUAUUUUAUAGUCUUUUAUUUAGAUUAAAGUGUAAUUUAGAC